GGCAAGCCUGUUCAAACUCGCGCGAGAAUAGUUAGCAGGCUCUUCAGUUAAUCUCUCUGUGUACCUACCCGUGGACCGCCCCCUCGGAUUCGACCUCGUCGACUGAUCCCCUGGACCGCCCCCUCGGAUUCGACCUCGUCGACUGAUCCCCUGGACCGCCCCCUCGGAUCCGAUAUUUUGGGAGUCAACGUGUGAAUUUUAUCCACUCUCUGUGCCUUUACUGGGCCCGACCUUAUCGGUCCUUAUUGGAUCUUUGAUCCGCUCUCAGGAAAAAGAACAAAAGAACGUUGAUUCAUCAUGGCAGUGUCCAUUUUGUCAUGGCGACUUAUUGUGACUAACGACGACCAAAACGACAAACGGGUCACCAUUAAGGAAGUAAUGGAGAAGUUUGGGAUCAAACGUCUCGAGGCAGCAGAGAUAAUGAGAGAAUAUAGCCAAGAAUAUAAUGUUGAGAAGACGGCGGUGGUGAGUGAGACAAGCGGCAACUCCAAAUCACCCAUCUUCUCAUUGAUGGGAGUGAAAUGGAAAAGUGAUGAGGAACUACUCGGCAGCGCGAAAUUGGUGAUUUUCACAGGUAUACCAUUUGAAUACGAAGCUGCAAUGAAGACCUUUGAUUCGUCAGUAGAAACUUCCUCGGCUUUUAAUGGAUCAGUGAUGAAAGCCGUAGUAGGCCUCAUUGGGACUGUUCCGACAAUCCUCAUUCUCCUCAGGAGAACCGGAAAUCGAAUGGCAUUUGCCGCGGCGGAAAACGCCCAACUGAAGCCAGAAAUGCCAAGCUUUUUCGGAAAUUUGGAACUUGUUGUGCCACCGCUGCAGCUGAUAUCAGAAGGGGGGAUGUCGCCGUUCUUGGUGCGUCGGCAGAUUCUACGUGCCUAUUGGAUAUGGAUGAAAAUCGCGAGUUUUCCGUGCGGUCCCCGCAUUAUUGCCACGACCUGUUGCUAUGGCAGGCUGAAUCGAGAAGUGUCGCCUUUAAUCCGACAAUCCGAAUUCAUCGACUCCCAUUUCACUCCCAAUCACGGCAGUUUCUCCCUGCCACGUUUCCCAACAUUUUAGGACCCCGCUGCUGUGGAGAAAUGGAGGCCGCCGGGAUCUGGGCUUCACUUUCAGAGUUGAAGAACACAAAGCAGCUUUUUGGAUCAGUGAAUAUCACAACAGAGUUAUUCUACAAAACAAAAGAAAUUGAAAAAAGCAAAACCCCAGAAGAAAAACUGGCUUUUUUGUUUGGAACCUUUCCACGCAUUUUAAAAGACUUGAUCAAUUUCUUGCAGCUCCGUCGAUUUUUCGAUUAGCCUUCUUGAAAAUUUGGUGAAAGUUUUUAUUGGUAUGUUUUGAUAGUAUUAUUUUUCGAAUGCUAUUUCAUUCUGACAAAAUUGUUAAAACUUGGAACGAAUUAACAACAUUUACGUGUUUAGAUUUGAUGUUUUUUGAGGACUUCAUUUUAUUCAGAGAUUUGAGGUUCUCUGUGGAUGCUUUGAUGCUCAGAGACUUGAGGUUCUCUGUGGAUGUUGUGAUUCUCAGAGACUUAAGGUUUUCUGUCGACGGAAUUUUGUUCAGAGAUUUGAGGUUCUCCGUGUGUGUCAUUUUGUUCAGGGAUUUGAGGUUCUCUGUGGAUAUCAACUGUUAGUUGUAAGUCGGCAAUCAGAGGCAUUUUCUUCCAUCAUAGGGGCUCCUAGGAUGGCAUUGGGUUCCGACUUUUGUCAUUGACGUGGGAAUCAACAUAGAAGUUGGCCGGGUCUGGAGUGUUCUGUUCGUUCCAUUGUUCAAAGGAGGGUGCCGACAGCAGCUCCCUUCUCCUUGUUGGUCAUGUGCGCGUAACUUGGGGUUCAGAAAAUUGUUUAGUUCUUGAGAUUUCCGGUUUAAACGGCAUUUUGCUUGGACAUUGCCUGGCCCAAUGUCCCUUACCAUCGCAAUGUUUACAAGUGUUACCGUAUUUAGCCGUAACAGGUUUGCCUUUGGCUUCUUUCCUCGGUAUAUCUGUGGCGGCUUGCGAGCCGAACCUAACUCCUCAGGAUUCCUCCAUGUUCUUGUAUCAUGUUCAAGUAUUGUAAUGAGUCAGUUAAUGGAAAUACACGAAUGAAGAAACUUGUUUUUUGUGAUCGCUUCAUUGGUGACCCCGACGUGAGCUAGUUCAACUCGUACGGUUGUUCACUCCGACUUCCAAACCCUCUAAGGAAGAUGCAGAUGAUGCGGUUGCUCUUUCGGUGGCAGUAACCUC